ACCCAGGCGGGCGCGGCGGCGGCGGCGGGCUGAUCGCGUAGCGCGCUGGGCGCCGGGCGGCGGCCGGAUGGAGAGGAAGGGCUCGGCGGCCGCGGCCAAGGGGAACCCGAGCCCGCCCGCGGCCGGCGAGGCGCAGCGGCCGCCGCCGCCACUGUGCGUCCCGGGCGGCGGCGGCGGGGUCCCGGCGCGCGGCCAGGCUGGGGCGGCGGCCGAGCCCGCCGAGUUCAUCCGGCGGGCGCACGAGUUCAAGAGCCAAGGGGCGCAGUGCUACAAGGACAAGAAAUUCCGCGAAGCCAUCGGCAAAUACCACCGGGCGUUGUUGGAGCUGAAGGGGCUGCUGCCUGCGCCUGGGGAGCAGGAGCGGGACUCGCGCGCGGCCUCCCCGCCCGGGGCCCCCAACCCCGGCCGCCUCUCGGAGGAGCAGAGCAAGACGGUGGAAGCCAUCGAGAUCGACUGCUACAACAGCCUGGCAGCCUGCCUGCUCCAGGCUGAGCUGGUGAACUACGAGCGAGUCAAGGAAUAUUGCCUCAAAGUCCUGAAGAAGGAAGGAGAGAACUUCAAGGCUCUUUACCGGUCUGGUGUAGCCUUCUACCACCUUGGAGACUAUGACAAAGCACUCUACUACCUGAAAGAAGCAAGGACCCGACAGCCAACAGACACCAACGUGAUUCGGUACAUCCAGCUGACGGAGAUGAAGCUCAGCCGAUUCUCCCAGAGAGAGAAGGAAGCCAUGUGACAGCUGCAGCCGCCCCCGAGGACGGACUUCCAGGCAGCCCCCGGCGAAGGGCCCCUCCUGGGUUUUGCUCCCUUCUCCCCACUUCUGCUGGCUCCCCUUUUCUUCCUCCGGCUGCCCCUCAACAAUCUGUCUGCUCCCAAUGGGAAAGGAAGGAGAGGCAGAUUUGGAACCUGGCGGGUUGCCUGCCAUGGAGACACCCCUUCUCUAGCAGGUCUGCUACUGAGAGGGACUGCACUUCUGCGGGGACAGCUGGAGAGGACUCGUACAGAGCCCGGAACGCUGAUGCAGCAGUGACUUCGGCCAGGGCUCCUGACAGAGGCAGAGCCAGGUAGAUGUGCCGUCGCAGGCACGGAGCCCACGGGCUGGACCCCUGCACACUUUCCGGACCGACCAGAGCAUCUCAAGGCAACCGUGACCAAUCCAGGGAAGAGACAAUCGCCAGAAGCAUCAGGUUAAGCCAACAGACUGGGCAUUUGUACACUGGGUUCCCCCACCCCACACCCCCCCCCCCAGCCACCUCAGCCCCUGCCUUCCUCCCUCCACUUGUUGUCUCGGCCUGGCUUUCUCCUCCCCCCCUCGGGGAUGUGAGACUGCCAGGAUUCACAUGCCUCUGAAACCCACUCUCAGUGCCCUCGGUGACCACACAUACCAUUCUCCCAUACUCCCACCCAGCAGGCCGCUGUGACAGCAGAGGGACGGGGUGAGGAGGGCCACAGGCUGAGCACGUAGGUGACGGAGGGGAGGGGAGAUGACCUCUAGGGGAAGGAGCAUUGUCUAGCCUGCGGCGUCGAACUGUGGACUCAGUAAGUGUAAAUAAAAAUAAAUUAACAGGCAACAGCUCCUGUCAUUUCUGUUGGAAGCAGCCCACUCCCUCGCUGUCACUCCCUCCCCCAACUCUGAGUCAGAGCUACUUACAGCUUCCCCCAGAGCCAGGGCCUGUUUGUCCGGGGGUAAACAAUGUUGGCUGCCGCCUCUGUGCGUCCGAGUGGGCUGGCCUUGCGGAGACUGGCUGGGGACUUGGCCUUGUGGGAACUUAUAGAGCCUCCUUUUGAUGAAAUUAUCUGGACUCAAUAUCUAGCACCUAGAAUGUGUUCAACAAAUAUUUGUUGAAUGAAUAAAUUAUGACUGCAGACUAGCUCUCCUGCCUUAAACUAAUUUUAGCCCAGCCUAGUCUCCUGAUAUAUGCUCUUUACGCUCUGCCGUGUUGCUUUAGUCAAAUAAGAAACAUUUACUGAGGGCUUAUCGUUUGCCGAUCAUUGUGCAAUAUGCUGUGGGACGGAGGACACCAUCCCGGUCUUUAAGGGGAUGGAAGAGUUAAGAAAUACUCGUAUGAGAUUACCACCAAUGACACCUUUAAUUUAUAUGAUGCUUUAAAUUUUUCAAAGCACUUUCGUGUAUUUUUUUGUGUGAUUAGUGAGACAAGAUUGUACAAAUUAAAAUAUAUACAGAUGCAAUAAUGUUAAUAGUUAGCAUUUAUUAAAUGCACUAUCCUCAGA